GUAUAAAAUUGAUAUGUUGAUAUGUUAUUAUUUUUAAACACAAACAAUGAAGCCGUAGAGUAAGUUAUUUUCCUGACUGAAUUUGCGAAAACAAUACCGCAGUUUACGAUAUUCGACACUAGUUUAAUGAAUGAACCGUAGGAAAAACAGGUGACGCCACGAUUUGGAGGGCGUGGUUUGAGAAAUCUGACCAAUUAGAGGAGAGCUGAUAGCGAAAUUGGUUUAGAUAGAGGUUAGGAAAGCCUGUGAUAUUUCAAACGUGGAAAUUAUACUUUGCAAGUACAGGACAUAGUGGAUGUGGUUUUUGCUUUUGCGAAAUUAUCCAUAUUAUCAAACGUUAAUACUUUUUUAACCCUUACGGAUUUUGUUAUUUGUGAAAGAGUGCAUUAUAUUGUGAUAUACAUAAGUUUGAAAUAUAUUAUUGAAAGUACAUCUUUAUUUGGAUUUUAUUCAAGUGAUUUAAGGAUUAUUUGAUAGUAAUAAUAUUGAACAUUUAAAAAUCAACGGUAAUGAAAUAAUGUAACCACAUUUAUAAAUAAAAUUCGUUCGUAAGAACAACACGUCAUAAAGAUUAUUGAGAUACAUUUAUAGAAGGGAUUUAUAUUUUUCACCAGUGGAAUACGCUACAUAAUUGGAGUUAAUUCGUUCAGUUUAAAACAUGAAAAUGAAACGGUGUGGUAGAACGUUAUUAUGCACUUUAUGUACGGCGAUAUACAUGGUGGCGUGCGUCCGUACGUCCGAUGAGUCGAGUGAUCUGACGGUGGACAAUGGCCGCAUGCAUGAGGCGGUCCGCUCCUUGCUUGGCUUCAAGGGGAAUCCUAGGGCGGUUCAUCCUGCGCGUUUGCAGAGGGACGCGCCCCAAUUUAUGAUGGAUUUAUACAAUCGGAUCAGUGAAGGAGGCAUGCCUGCCUCCAAGUUAAAAGGGAAUACAGUGAGGAGUUUGCGAUCCAAGAUUGAGUCGCUGAACGGAAAUCAGAUGUUCGUUUUCAAUCUGACGUCGUUAGUGUCAACGUUUGAAGACACUGUAAGUGCAGAAAUCCAUUUAUUCAAACGCAAAAAGGAUAAAUUUAAUAAAAAUGCAGAAAUGACAAUAUUGUUACACAAAAUUUCGUCUGGAAAUGUGGAACAAAUUGCAGAACUUCCAGUGUCGUUUGAAAGUUAUGGUUGGCAAUCGUUUGACGUUUUUGACGCGUUGAAACUUUGUUCAUCAAGUAGCAGUUCAUAUCAAUAUUAUCUGGGAUUAAACUUUAAAAUAUCAAAUCCCCAUGGUAACAUUCGUAUGUUAGACUUAAAAAAGUUAAUGCAUAAGCAUUCUGUUCCAUACUUGAUAGUUUACUCAAACGAUACGAAAAAUGUCGACAUCGACGAGCUGGAGCAGUUAUCAUUAAAACAGAAAAAUACUGAUACGUUACCAGCGGAAUUAAGCAGUGUAGAUUCGGUUUUACCAGAUAUAAAACAACGAAACAAGAGAAGUGUUCUCGAUAACAACGCGGAUUAUCCACCAAUCAUAAAUUCACGCGCGCGUUCAAUGUCAAUUCUGACCAAUGAAAUCCCAGAAGACCCCGAGGACUACAAUCGUCCUUAUACAAUCAGCAUAAAGAAACACAAAACGCAUCCCGGCAUGCUCCAGACUCGGAAGGAAUCCCGACAUAAGCUUACGGAUAAAACGCUUAUUCCGUAUCCCGGAGAAUACGUCCGAAAUAGAAAAAGGGACAAGAAGAGAAACCGUAAAAAGGGCAAGAAGAACAAUCAGCUGGAACUACCAAAGGAAUGGGAGGACCUACGGGCGAGAGCGGAAGAGGAAGUUGCCGCUGGCGCAUGCAGCAAGAAGAAAUUGGUGGUCAAUUUCAACGACAUUGGGUGGGGAGAGUGGAUAAUUUCCCCUAAGUCAUUCAAGGCACACUACUGCUCCGGCACCUGCUCGUUCCCUCUUACCAAGAAGAUGAGACCUUCCAACCACGCCACCAUACAGAGUCUCGUGAACGCCGUUGGUAUCAACCCCGAAGUGCCGGCGCCGUGCUGCGUCCCUGACAAGCUCUCCUCCAUCACCCUGCUCUACUUCGACGAGAACGGAAACGUCGUCUUGAAGAAUUACCCAAACAUGACAGUCCAGAAGUGUGCUUGCAGAUAAAAUAGUCCUUGAAAAAUACGCGUACAUAGAUAUUUUGAAUGCCGAUCGCGCUCCUCAAAUGUGGUUUGAUACGGUUAUUAGUGUAUAUCUUAACCCGGAAGAGGAAGUGACGUCAGGUCAUCGAUUAAAUAUGGCGCUCGAUGAUCGCAACGGCAGCAUGCAAAAGCCAGUAUGGUAGCCCACCUCAUAUCCAGAACGUCCAUCUCAAAAGGGAACGCUCAGGGAUAAAUAUUUCCAUAUUUUGGUGGAACUUGUCGUACUUGAAUGUGACAAAUUCAAUCAAGAAAGCAAUCGCACAAAAUUUAGUUUCAUAUUUGUGUGACAUGAAAAACUACGUGUUGAUAGUGUAUUCGUAUGAAGAAAGAUGGCAGUUUAUAAUUACUUUUCUAUGAAACAAUGAUAGAUUAAGCUGUGCUUGUAUAUUGUUUACUGUAGAUUAAAGGAUAUGAAGCGCGGUGGUUAAAACAAUAAACGUAUGUGGAUCGCUCCGGUAUCCUCUCAAACUGGCGGUCAUUUUUAAGCGUGAACAAAGAACUCUCCUGGGAAGAGAUUAGUUUAAUAUGGCGGGAAAUUCAACAGAGAUGACUGUUGAAUUUUUUUUGUAUUAAGCGGAGUUAUCUUACUGGUUUGAAUGUUGUUUGUCAUUUUAUUUUGUAUCGAUGCUGUACAAGAGUAAAUGAUAGCUUCGUGUGAUAGUCUAAUGGACAAAUUGUGUACUAAUAACUAAACUGUCUUUAUUUUUUAAUGCGCUCAUCUAUUUUGAGUUGAUUAUAAAAUGAAGACUCGAUAAAUGCAUAUAAAUAUAUCAUAAAUGGUAAAUUGAUUGGUAAAUAUUGAUGAUUUAAAUGAAGAAUGUUUAGACAAAAACAAUAAAGAUUAUUCGAUCAUAUAAUACAUAUCGUGUUACCGUAAGCGCGGAUAAUCCGAACGCUGGUCAUAAACCAUAAGACACUUCAAAACAUGUGUUUUUUUACAAAUAUUUUAACUGGCUUUUGAGCAUUGUUCUUCAGGGGUUUUCUUAUCAAUACCGCAAUAGUUAAUGUCUAUAACACUUUGCAUACGGGGCGUAUAAAGACACAAUUGAAUUUGUAAUAAAUGUUUGUUCUGUUGUAUUUAUGUUUUAAUGUUUGUGCGUGUUACUUUGUCAAAUGUAAUAUUACCAAAUGUUUGUUUAACACAUUUUGACUGAGAAAAUAGGUACAUAAAAUUAAAUUCAUUAAAUGACUAUAUUGCAUUAUAUUUGGCAUUUAGAUUUGUGUAAGUUGGUGUGGGACAACACAAUCCGCUGAACAUAAAUGCGAAGUAAUUUAUUUUUGCUUGUUGUGGUGUCUGAUUGUGUGUGUUUGCUUGUUGUUGUUUUUUAACUAAAAAUCUACCUCAAUGUCAAACGAUUCGCUGUGAGGAUAAUUAUAAUGCUUUAGCAAUUUCAUUUGUUUCCACUAAUAUAGCCAGCCAAUAUAGGGUAGUCAGAGUUGCAAAACUUUGAAUAUGUCUUAACAUUUUUUAACGAUUUUCAAUCUCGCAAGAAUAUACAAUAACAUGCAGAUAUCUUUAUAAUAUCUUAAAUAUGCCUAGCGUCUAGAAAAAAAGGCAUUGGCAGACAGCGUUGACCCAGAUGAGACGCCGCAUGAUGCGGCGUCUCAUCUGGGUCUGCACUGUUUACUUAAAGGAAAUUCUGUAAGAAAUAUUAUAAAUAUGGCAAUAAAUAUACUAGAUAUCACUAAUUUUGGAAAUAAAUUGAUCCAAUUUCGAAGGAUGAGAGAGUCCACUAGGCAUAACUGGGUUAAAUUCGUGAAAAUAAUGUAGCCAAAACGGCAUCAAAAUAUAUUGUUUCUAGUAACUUAAGCAAAAAUUACCCAAAACUCAACCUGGAAUACCAAAACAAACAACAGUUUUUGUCGGCGCAAAGAUAAGGGUCAGUUGGGUUGGUAGAAGCAAAUACAAUUGUGUAUGUCUUAUGUUCUUCUCUUUAUACUAAGUUUCAAAUUUUAUUGUCCAAACCAAGUAGAUGUAACUAUGUUCGAAUGACUGACGUUUUACCGAACAAAGGAUGUGACUUUAACCCAUUAAUGCCAAGUGAGCUCUCCCAUCCUUCUAAAUUGGAUCAAUUUAUUUCCAAAAUUAGGAAUGUCUAGUAUAUUUAUUUCUAUAUUUAGAAUUCAUUUAAGCAAACAGCGCAGACCCUGAUGAGACGCCGCAUCAUGCGGUGUCUCAUCUGGGUCUACGCUGUUUGCCAAGGCCUUUUUUCUAGACGCUAGGCAUAAAUGGGUUAAUAAACGUGGUGUACGGAUAAUGUGGACACUAAGUUAUAAUAGUUAUUUGUAAUCUCGUUUAUAUUUGUACACUUUUCAUGAUUUUUUUCUUAACCGAAUCAUAAGAACCAGAUAAAAGUCGCAUAUUUGUUUAAAUAAAAAUUUGUAUCAUUGCAGUAAACAAGAGUAAAUAUUGUUUAACUACCUUUUUAGAAAUAAAUUGCGCAUUUAUCAAAAGGUCAACAUCAUAUACAAGUCAGAAUGGCUAAUGACAUUUAUUUAUUAAUAAUUGAAUACAAAUAUUGAGACCUCAUAGCAGUCACAUUAUAUAUAACGCAACAAUGACGAAAUUCUUGACUUCAUUAGAUUGUUCUCACCCUUAUCUAUUUGACACUCGACAUUUGUGUAGACAGGGAAAAACGCGAAUACACAUGUUAUUAUAUUUUUAUAUUGUUGCUUUGAAACUGAAUUUGCGUUUUUAUGGUAAUCAUAUGGCAAAUAUGCGUGUUUUCCUGUAUAUGUGUUGAUAACAAUCAAGCCAGUUGAGCAAUAAUGUAGCACACAUUCUCUUUAUUGUAUGUUUAUCUUUAUUUUGUAUUACUUAUUUCAUGUUAUAAAUAAAACUACUAGAAUACACAAUGCA